AUGGCUCCGCAUGAGAAGGAGGCAUCGAUUCUCGAACAACAUCCUGGUAUCCCGCCGGGCCCCAAGAAGAGGGGUGAUCCGUCAUCUUCCUACACGGUUCGUUCCGACCCCCCAUCAGGCACAGUCACAAUCACAAGGGAGACGCCCGUCAUCGAUGUGGUCACGGAUGCCUCCGGAGCCGAAGUGACCAACACGAAGUCCAUGGAGAAAGUGGAAGAAACAACAGUGAUUGACCCACAUCGUGCGAUUCCCACCCUCGUCUAUAACUGCGAAUACAUGCCCUUCGUUUGCAAGAACGUCGAAAAUCACAUCGCGGCAAACCCCAGCUUCAAGUUCGAUGCCAAUGGUCUUCUGGAGCUGCAUUACGACAACACCAACGAAAAGUCCAAACACGCCAACCAACGACGCGGCCCAACGUGUAAAAAUCCGUCGAGUGCGUACAAGAAACAGAAGUUCCCGGAGCAGUGUAAGAAUAUCGGAUCCCUUACGGGACUCACAACGGUCUACAGCACAAAUUUCGACUUGCCGGCAAAGAGUGUUCCGAAUGUCCCCGAGGUCAUCCUUGGCCCAGUUGACCCGGCCGAUCCGACAAAGAAUCUUCAAAGCGGAUUGGGGUGGACGUGCGAUGAGUUCCCAUCAGCGAGCUGGAUCGAGGGUGGUGGCGGACUGCCAUCAGAUGGGAUUGUCGGCGCUGCGAUUUGUGCCCCCCAGACAAUCAAGUGCCACACCAACGCCAAAGACAAGGUCAAGAGAACGUAUGAGCAGGCGUUUGGCGUAAUGGACCAAAACUCAUCUGAGCAGGACUGGCAACGGGAAGCGUUGGGGACCUUGGGUAAUGCAAUCCGUGCGGCACACAAAAUCGACUCUGCUCCAGAAGGCACCAAUCAAGGUCAUGCGAAGGACGAAUAUGUCGCGGCUUUUUACCUCUCAACCACUCGCGUGGCAUCGCCACAAAAGUCGAAAGCCUGGGUAAUUGACGCGGCGAGCCAGACCAAGGCUGUCACGAAGAGAGGCGAAUCUCAGGAAGGCUUCGGUGAGGACGUUGCCGACGGUGGGGGCGAUACAAGCCCACCGCUAACAACACAAGCGCCAACGCCGCCCGCAGGGAUGGCGGCCCCAACAAACCAGCAAAAUAAGCCUAAGCCUCUCUGGAGGCACAACGCCGAAGCGCCACUUCAACGGCCUAAGUUGGUGCCCAAGGGGGUAUACCACCUCGGUCGCCGGGCGGCAUCUGCGGCUGAGGUCAUGUCGGCCCAGAGCCUCAUCAGAGCCGCCACGGAAGAGAGGCAGGAAGCCAACGCGCGCAAGCUGGCUUACCCCCGCGCCUCUCACAUGGACGGGACUCAUCUCGCAUUCAGCACGCCGCUGGAUCCACUGGCAAAGAAGGAGAAGGCGGCUGCCAGCGAAUACUGGUACAGCCAGAUUUCUCCCAAGGGGAGAAGCCCAUUUCAUCCAUCGGCAGAUACCUACCAGGUGUACAGAGAUGUGAUCAGCGACUGCGGUGCCAAGGGUGACGGUGUCUCGGAUGAUACAGAGGCCAUUCAGAAAUGUAUUUCUGAUCAGAGUCGUUGUGGUGGGGACGACUUGAGCUGUAGAUCGACAUCAGUCAUGCCUCUUGUCGUCUUCUUCCCUCCCGGAAGCUACCUCAUUAGCUCCACUAUCGAGAUGUACUUCAUGACGACGAUGAUUGGCGACCCAAUAGACCGACCCAAGUUGGUGGCGGCAAGCUCUUUCCAGGGCCUGGGCGUCAUCAGUUCGGACCACUACAUCGAGGGUGGAAAUGGCGAGUCGUGGUACAUCAACCAAAGCAAUUUCUUCCGCCAGGUUCGCAACUUCAUCAUCGACCUUCGGAACACGCCGGACAACCAACACAAGCCUGCGACUCCCGGUCCCGCCGGCAUUCACUGGCAAGUAGCCCAGGCAACGUCGCUUCAGAACAUCGACAUCUGCAUGCGAGAAGGUUCGCGCGGCCACGUUGGCAUCUUCAUGGAGAACGGCAGCGGUGGUCUGAUCAGAGGCGUUCGCUUUCACGGAGGUUACAUCGGUUUCCGUGCCGGCAAUCAGCAGUUUACCAUCAAGGACCUCACGUUCGAAAACUGCCAGAUCGCCAUCCAGGCAAUCUGGGACUGGUCAUUCCUGUGGAGUGACAUUAAGAUUUCAGGCGCUGACGUCGGCAUCGACCUGAUCAACCAGGAUCUCAAAGAUCAGGGGGCACCCCAGCAGACCUUUGCCUACCUCCUCGUCGACAGUGUUCUGAGCGCCACCACGGGGAUCCGCACGCAGCCCUUCAUGGCGUCGGAUGGCUACUGUCAGCUGACGCUCGAUAAUGUCGACUUCAGCGGCUCGGGUACCGCCAUCAAGGAAACCACGGGCGAAACGGUGCUGGCUGGCGGCCAGAAAGUCGACUCUUGGAUGUGGGGCAUCGUCGCGAACCAGGAUAGCCCCAACGGACGUCGCAUCGAGGGAGAAUCUGUACAAAAGACGUCCUCGACUCCUGCUAGGCUCCUUGGCGGGCCUCAAGGAGGGUUUUACGACAGGGAGCGACCUCAGUACGAGGAUGUCGCUGCCUCAUCCUUCCGAAACGCUUUGUCCCGUGGCUGUCAGGGAGAUGGAGUGGCCGAUGACACGGCCUGCUUGCAGGACCUAUUUUCCUCGCCGGGUCAUGUUUUCCUACCCGCGGGUGUCUAUCGCGUUACGGACACGGUCUAUAUCGCUCCGGGUCUGAAAAUCUCAUGGUCCAGGUGGGGCCGAAACGGCGAAGCUGGCGAUGUUGAAAUUUCCGACCUGCUCUUUGCCGUCGAAGGGUCCACGGCCGGGGCUAUUUUGGUCGAGUGGAAUUUGAAGGCUUCUGGUCCUGGGUCAUCCGGAAUGUGGGGUAUUCUCAUCGAAUCCACCAGCCCAACGUGGAUGUACGCGACCGGAUUUGAACACAACGUUUUAUACCAGUACCUUGUACUCGGUGCCAAGAACCUCUUCAUGGGUUUAAUUCAAACAGAGUCUCCCUACUUUCAGUCGUCUCCGCCGGCACCGGAGCCAUUCGGCAAGUCCGUCGGGCUCUUCCCUGGCGAUCCAACCUUCAGCACAUGCGAUUCGAAGACCGGAAAUACAUGCAUGGCUUGGGGCUUGAUGAUAGAGAGAUCAUCCGAUAUCUUCAUCUAUGGCGCCGGCAUUUAUAGCUGGUUCCAGAAAUACGAGCAGGGAUGCUUAAACACGUUCGACUGCCAAGAAGAAAUCAUCUGGCUGUCCGAUGACAAGAAUCUUUUCAUUUUCAAUCUAGCCACCGUUGGAACGCUCAACAUGAUCACGGCACAAGGUGCACAACUUGACGGACUUGGCUAUCAAAGCCCAAAUAGCAAUGUGUCAUCCAUUAAUGGCUGGAUCGGAGAUGCGGGCCACCUGGAGAGCGACGGGAAUGGACCAGGUGCCACUAUCACGCUCGAUGAUAACAUUUGGAGCUGGGCGGCAACGGCAGAGGACGCUUGGGGUACAAUGACGGUGGCCUGCACGCCGCCAUGCUACUUCAAGUUCCCGCCUCUGACCUAUCCGCCGUUGCAGCCACCUCCAACAACGACGACGUGGGAUGGUGCCGUGGUGACCAUUACUCCACCGGCCGUGUCUGAUGCUUCGGUCACUUGGGAAAUUGUUUCUUUUGGCACCGACGGCCCGAUGACCUUGGAGCCCAAGCUUAACCAAACCGGUAUUCCGGUACCGCCUUGGGAGUGUGGUGAUGAAUGCGGUGGUCGUACCGUGACAUUCCCAGAUAUUCCGCUUCCGAUCCCUGUCCCAACAGAUCCGCCCUGUUGGUUCCUUUGCGAAGAGAAGCUGCCACGACACCUGGUCGUGGUCAUCGAAGACGGCCCCGUGCCGGGCCCACCACCACCCGGAACUGAAGAUGAUGACGAUGAUGAUGACAAUCCAAUAUUUGUUAUUAUUCCCGGUAGGAUCCUCCCGGAAUGCACACCUGAGACAUGUCCAGUAGACUGCCAAGGCGACGAAUGCGAGGAAGGCAAGGACUGUCGAGGGCCCGAUUGUGUCGCCGGCGGAGGUUGCUUCGGCAAGAACUGCAAGCGUGGUGGCGACUGCGAGGGUCCGAAAUCUGCCAGGGAGGCGGAGGAUGUUCUGGACCUCGCUGCAACUCUGGCGGGGACUGUGUUGGACCCCAGUGCCGUAAAGGCGGUUCGUGUAUCGGCCCUUCAACUCUUCAACAUUAGCUGCUCGGGCGGCGGAGGCUGUACUGGUUCCAACUGCGGCAAAGGGGGAGGGGGAUGCACUGGUCCCAGUUGUGGAGGUGGAGGUUGUUCUGGUCCAGACUGCGGGCCCACCGGAUGCACCGGUCCAGACUGCACACCUGCGGAUCCCGAAGAUGAGGAAGAGGAAGAAGAAGACGAAAACGAAGAUGAGGUGUGCCAUGUGAUCCUUCGCGAAGACACGCCCAACAUGGACACUGCGGGAGACGACGGCAAGGGCGUUUCAGCCUUCACUGGCAAAGGGAGUCAGUCAGGCGGCAACGUAGGCAAGGGCGGCAUCAACGGGUCGGGUACAGGAUGUGUCGACAUCCUGGGUCGCGUGUACGACUGCGACAAUCCCCCGGCGGACGACGAGCAGGACUUCCUGGACAUACUGGAUUGCAUCGAGAACCUGGGAGACAUCAUCCUAUGCCUAGGAAACGCUACCGGAGAAGAAACAUCUGCCACCAGACUUGUGCCAUCCGCCACAGGAGUGGAAUCAUCCACCAUCAGACUUGAACCAUCCGGCACCGGGCGAGAAUCAUCCGCCAUCAGACUAGAACCACCCGCCACUACGUCGUCUGUGAACAUGGGGACGCCGAUUGCGACGCCGAAGCCGUAA